CCGGGGCCAGUGAAUCCACACGGUCCAAAAAAUUCCAAAUAAAACCCUAGGCUGGCAGAUAUAAAAAAUCCCUUGCUCAAGAAAAGAGUCGUGGAGAAGCAGAGGAGAGGCGAUCCAAAAUGUCGAAGAGAGGAAGGGGAGGUAGUGCGGGGAACAAGUUCAGGAUGUCGCUGGGUUUACCGGUGGCGGCGACUGUGAACUGUGCAGAUAACACGGGAGCCAAGAACCUGUACAUCAUUUCAGUGAAAGGAAUCAAAGGGCGUCUCAACAGGCUCCCAUCGGCUUGCGUCGGCGACAUGGUCAUGGCCACCGUCAAGAAAGGAAAGCCCGAUUUGAGGAAAAAGGUAUUGCCAGCUGUGAUCGUCCGACAACGAAAACCUUGGCGUAGAAAGGACGGUGUCUACAUGUACUUCGAAGAUAAUGCUGGUGUCAUUGUCAAUCCCAAAGGAGAAAUGAAAGGAUCUGCUAUCACUGGUCCCAUUGGAAAGGAAUGUGCUGAUCUGUGGCCUAGAAUUGCCAGUGCUGCCAAUGCCAUCGUCUGAAAGAUUUUCAUGGUUUUGUUUGCGAUUGUAGUUUUGAUGCUAUCUUUCUAUUAUUUUCCUUUUAACAUGUUUUGAGAGGCUUUUUUCAAACAAUAUUAUAACUUGUUUUCGAAUAUCUAGUUGUCUAAAACUUAUUUUCUAAUUUCUUUUAUGUUAUUACAACUGUUUUAGCAA